AAAAUUGCAAAAAAACUUUAUCGGUGUCAUAUUUUCAAUGUAUAUUGUUAAGAUACAUAUAUAUAAGUUUAUAUUAGAGAAUCUACUCAUAUUUUGUAAACCUACAACAAUUAGACAAAAAAGAUCAUACAUAUUAGACAAAAAUUAGACAAAAAAGAUCAUACAUAUUUUGUAAAAAAAAAUCUUAUAAUGCAUAAAAAAUUUUAGUAUCUAAUUUUAGAAUCUACAAAUAGAUAUAAAAAUUUAAAUUAACUUAUUAUUAUAAAUGGUAAAAAACUCACCGGACCAACAGACGAGUAAAAAGCUAGUUAUUAUAAUACAAAAUCUAUUUUUAACAAAUAAUAUAUUUUUAUCAUCAGAAAUUUAGAUAUAUUAAUAAUAGAACAUCUAACCCAACCAUCAUGGAUGUUUAUAAUGACCAAAUAUUAUAGAUAUUUUUGACCUUUAAAUAUUAUAGAUUUCAAAUGCAUAUUAAUUGUUGCAAUUGUGAUAGAAGAAGGUGCGGUUUUCAUCCCUGACUUCUACGGAAUAAAUUGUUGGGAUAUAUAUAUUUUUAUUUUUAAAAUAAUAAAAAUGUUGUAACAUUUCAAUAACAAAUAGAUAAUUUGGAUGUUAGCGGAAAUCUUGAUAAAUUACUUGACAAAAUAUUUCCCAAAGUGGCAGGGUCCUAGCUAGUUAUAUAUAUAUAUAUUCUGAUCCGCAAUAAGUUCCUGUAUUAAGACAAUGAGGUGUUGACAUAACCAAACUUCAGUAGGGAUCUCCGUAAGGCUUAUAUAUUAUGUAGAAAUUUAACCAUAAAUCUACAAAUACAAAUCACAUUAAAAUCUAAAUAAAUACAAUGGCGGUAAGCUAGUGAAAUAUGAUGUCAAUUGUUUCCAAAAGAACGCAUCGUCAUAGGAGAGUGAUUGAAGUUAGGGCCCAUUAGCUAGACCGAAACCGAUCCAAACCCUAAACCAGUGGAAUUGUGAAGUCUACUGAUUUUAGCUAUAUCUUAGCGACAAUAGGAUGGAAACUCACAAGCAAACUUGUAAUUCCGUGGUCACAGUUGUAACUAUUUUGGGUUUUGAGGAUUGGAGAUUGGGAAGUUGCCUGAAGCUUACAUAGAAUAUUUGUGUCUUAGGCUCUUAGCCUUCCUUUUCCAGAUUUUUUUACUUUCUUUUUAUGUUAAAACCAGCUAUUAGCAUUGCAUAUAUUUACUGAAAGGUAUACAGCCAUCCUAAUACGAUAGAUAGAAGGCUUAUGUUAUGCCUGAGUUGAGUCAUCUUUAAAUUGUCCUAGACUUGUGCCUUCGAAUGCUUUGUUAUUGACAAUGUUUUCCUAAUUUCUCGGUAAAAUUUCGGUCGGAGACGUGCGCGCAUAUAGAAAGGUUAUCACACUGGCGCACAUGCAUAACACUGUAGCAGGAAUAGCAAUGUUUACAGUUAUAGAAAGUAAACGGCAACUAAAUCUGUUUGGUUUGGUCACCAUGAACUGAGUUUCAAGCUUCACAUAAAUUUGCGUUUGCAUUUCCUGUAUUAUGGUGGCCAGCUCAUACAUUAUUUGAUGUUCACAGUGCACGCUCUGAACAAGUUGCCAUAUGCCAAGCUUGAUUCAAAGAGUGUUGGGGUGAAGGAUGGAGUUGUCUUUCUGACAUACAGUAGUCUCAUUGCAUCAUCCGAGAAGGGUCGUUCUCGACUACAGCAGCUUGUACAGUGGUUUGGAUCUGAAUUUGAUGGUCUUCUUGUAUUUGAUGAGGUGCUAGACUCUACUAAAAUUUCAAGUUCGUGUCUGUGAGCUGUUCCUUGUGGUCUAUUUCUUCCUAUUUGUAGAGAAAGGCUCCAGAUUCUAAUAUACUGACUACUUUUCUUGUAGUGCCACAAAGCCAAAAAUUUGGUACCUGAAGCUGGGAGCCAGCCAACACGAACUGGUGAAUCAGUUCUCGACAUUCAGGUUGCCCCUCAAUUCUCAAUAAAACUGAAGUGCUAGAAACUCAAAACUGAUCCAACUAGUGUUUAUGAAGUGAUACCAACAUCUGUUUUCUGGUAACUGUAUUAGCACAGCAGUUACUUUUGUGGUACCUUGACACAUCCUCUCUUUUAGACAAGAUUGUUGAAAAUUUUUCUUAGGAGGCAGGGGUUCUGUCUCGUGAUAUAGAAGCUGCAUUCUAGGGUGUUUUUUUCUGACAGCUUUAUUUAGGAAUUCAAGACUGUUUGAACUAAUAUGUUUCCAAUGCUGUUCUUCUGUCUAGUCAUGUUGUGUUGCAAAUAGAAGUUAAAUUAACAAUCUCAUGUAUUGUUGCAUGCUUGCAUUUGCUUCUAUCUCAUGGUCGUUGAUGGUUUCUACUGCUCAAUGAGUUUUUUGGCAUGAUGGCUGAUGUUGCAGAGAGGGAAUUUGCAUUUGCUUCUAUCUCAUGGUUGUUAGUGGUUUCUACUGCUGAGUUAUUAUUUGGCAUGAUAGCUGAUGGUCCAGGGAGGGAAACAAAACUUUUAUGUGGCAUCUUCUAACUUCUUAAGAGACUAGACUAACAGGGGAAUUUUCGUUGUUCUUUUUUACCUUCUAUGGUUGCGGUGUUUAAUACCGUAUGUACUGAACUUUUUGCCUGACAAGUGCUUCUACCUUAUUAAAGGUUAGGCCUUUGUCCCGUACAUUACGUUUCUACCUGAUGUGCUAUACAUGUGCUACCCUAUCAAUAGUUUCUCGUCUGUUUGUCUUUAUCCAUUUAUUAGGGAGUAAUGAAUUGCAACUAGAGAUUCUUUAUUCAAUUCCCUUUGGUCGGGGGCCUCAGAGGCAGAGACGGUGGGUGUCUUCGUUCCUUAGAUGUAUCAUACACAGAGGGUUAUGAAUGAAGGUUCAGGAGAGCGACCGUAACAGCUUAAAUUAUUAUCGCUUAAGCUUGUAUUAUGUUAACUAAGAUGUAAGAAAAUUCUUCAGCCUCAUAUCACAUUUCUUCACAUUUUUUUGGUGUUCUUGGUAAAAGCAUAUCCUUAAGGUUUAAGCUUCUAUGUCAGUGAAGUUGUCGUUUUGUUCCAAAAUUUGGGACUUCCUUUCUUAUUAGUCAUCAUGCCUGCAUGUUAAUAUAUCAUCUGUUAUUUUGUCUUUCUAUGACCACAUCUAUGGAUCUUUGGAUUUUGCAUGCUGGGUAACAUUCAUGAAAUCAUCUGUGUUACCAGUUUUCAUAUCUAGACAGCAGUUAAUGCCUUGUGCCUCUUUCUUUAUCAAAGAGAUGCAUGGAUAGUUUAGUUGUUUCCUUUUUUAUGGACUCUUAAUUAUCAAAUCGUGUUCAUGUAACAGGCCAGACUACCUGAAGCACGUGUUGUUUAUUGCUCAGCCACUGGAGCAUCUGAGCCUCGCAACUUGGGUUACAUGGUUAGGCUUGGACUCUGGGGAUCUGGAACAUGUUUCUCUGACUUCCAUAAGUUCCUAGGUGCUAUGGAAAAAGGAGGUGUUGGGGCAUUGGAACUUGUUGCCAUGGACAUGAAAGCAAGGGGAAUGUAUGUUUGUCGUACUCUUAGUUACAAAGGUGCAGAAUUUGAAGUUGUUGAAGUAGCUUUGGAACCUGAUAUGAUGGAAAUGUACAAAAAAGCAGCUGAAUUUUGGGCAGAGCUGCGAGUGGAGCUGUUAUCAGCAAGUGCUUUCCUUGUGAACGACAAGCCUAAUUCUAGUCAGUUAUGGAGAUUGUAUUGGUCAAGCCACCAGCGGUUUUUUAGACACAUGUGCAUGUCAGCCAAGGUACCUGCUACUGUAAGACUUGCUAAGCAUGCACUGAAGGAAGAUAAAUGUGUAGUCAUUGGUCUGCAAAGUACAGGGGAGGCACGGACAGAGGAAGCUGUCACCAAAUAUGGGUUUGAGCUUGAUGAUUUUAUCUCUGGUCCACGAGAGUUGUUGCUGAAAUUUGUUGAAGAAUAUUAUCCGUUGCCCGAAAAACCUGAGCCCCUUGGUGGAGAAGUUGACCCAGUGGAACUUCAACGGAAGAGACAUUCAACAGCAUCUGAUGUUUCCUUGAAAGGCAGAGUUAGAAAAGUUGCUAGGUGGAAACCUACAAAUGAUCAUGAAAGUGGUGAAGAAUCUGAAACUGACUCUGUGGGUGAAUCCACUGAAUCCGAUGAUGAGUUUCAGAUCUGUGAGAUAUGCAAUACGGAAGAGGAAAGUAAAAGACUCCUCAGAUGUUCUUGUUGUGGCCAACUUUUCCAUCCUUCAUGUUUAGUCCCGCACAUUACAGAUUUUCCAUCUGAAGAUUGGUCGUGCCAAUCAUGCAAGGAAAAAACGGAAGAGUAUCUUAUAGCAAGACGUGCAUACUUAGCUGAACUAUUGAAGAGAUAUGAUGUUGCUCUGGACCGCAAGUCAAAAAUUCUGGAGAUAAUUCGCUUGUUGGAUCUUCCCAAUAAUCCAUUGGACGACAUAAUUGACCAGCUUGGAGGCCCUGACAGAGUUGCAGAGAUGACGGGCAGGAGAGGCAUGCUUGUCAGAGCAUCGAGCGGAAAAGGUGUAACUUAUCAGUCAAGGAACACAAAGGAUGUUACUAUGGAAAUGGUCAACAUGCAUGAAAAGCAACUCUUUAUGGACGGCAAGAAAUUGGUUGCUAUCAUUUCUGAAGCGGGAUCUGCUGGAGUAUCCUUGCAGGCAGAUAGGCGAGCCAUAAAUCAGAAGAGGAGGGUUCAUUUGACACUAGAACUUCCUUGGAGUGCUGACCGUGCAAUACAGCAAUUUGGAAGGACUCAUCGUUCAAACCAAGCCUCUGCCCCUGAAUAUAGGUAGAAAGCAGUAUGCAUGUGCUUCUACCGGUCAUGUAGCCUUUAAAUUCAUAUCUUAUGUUGAAAGGGAUAUCUCUGGGGUGUUGUGCUGUUAGUCUGUUUUUUUUUUGGAGCAUGUCUUCUUUAAAUUGGUCCUAUAGUAAUCAUCCAAGAGCUCUAGUUUACUCGGUAUUUUACAAUGCUAACUUCAUUCUGGUGCCUUUGCCUUUUCACAAAUUAUUGAUGUUGAUGCAAGACAUUGUACUGAAUAUUAGAAUGAUAAAUGGCUUGACCUGAGUUCUGUGGGAUGAGGUUGGUGGGUGGUUAUUUCUGAUAAACCAGUUCAGGCUUGGAAAAAUGAUUUACAGUAUACUGGUUCUUUGUGAAGAAAAGUUAUGCCUUAGAUUUCAUGCAAAUAAAGCAUCUAAUUCUGG